AUGGCUCCACCUAGUACCAACCCGCCCGCUGCGUCGCGCAAUCACCCAGGAAACUACAGUACCGGAGAUUCUGCCACAAGAAUGAGCAGUGUUGAACAGUCAGCCCAACCUCGAAGCAAGACGGCGAACCAGUACACGGAGACUCAGCGUUACCCUGAAGUAAGAGAACCUAGGGUUUCUUCAGAGGAUAUCAUCGCACAGCUUCACCAGGCGCUCAUACAAUGCGAAAAUGAUCUCAAGGAAGAGCGAACCAAACACGCCAAGGCUCUGGCAGUCAACAGGAACCAGUUGGACACGAUCAAAGCCCAGGCUGCAACCAUUUCUGAACAACACAGAGGCAUGACAUCCCUCGAAGUACUCCAGACCAUAAUGCAAAAACAUCUUAGUCCUUAUGCGAUGAAGCAUGAUACUAUGCCUGCUAAGUGGACUAAGAGUGCUAUUCUUGAGGUCGCCGCAGCUCUCUCAAAGGAUGCUGCUGAUGCCAAUGCCUCUGCUGCUGAUGCAGUUUCCUCUGCUGCAGAAGUCACUUCCUUGUCAGAGCAAGUCAGGACGCUCCAGAAAGAGAUGCUCGCAAAGUUAGAGAGGGUCAGUGUUGCUUCCGACGAAGAGUUGGCUCAAGAAUUCCGCGUUAUCAUUGCGCUUGUCAAGACUCUGAGUCGCACAGUUCGCAUUGACGAGACCAAGGAUAUUUCGACUGUCUUCGGCCCUGUUCUUCUCUUGCAGAAUGUAUCUCCCGAUCACUUGACCGGUCGCGCGCAAAAGAAACUCUUGGUCGAAGCCUGGGUCUGGUCCGUACUUCUCCAAAACGUGUUCCAAACACCGUUUGUGAUAUUCGGAGAUCGAUGCAAAGUCUUGAAUGCGACCUGGAGCAACAUCUAUCUGGGUGGUCACUUUGGUGAGUGGCCAAAACCCACUGCUCUCAGUGAGACAUGGCGUUUCACGACAACAGAGAGUGUGCUCGCGCUCGUGGACAGAGACGUCAUCACCCAUGGGAAAGUAAAAGAAAUGCACCAAUAUCUUGAGCCUGAUAUCCUCGCUUUGCGGAAGGAGAUAUACAACACCAUCGGAAGUCACCUUUCGAAGGUAUCUACAGGAGUCGAAGGUCCUCAAAUCCAGAACAUCGUCAACAAAUCGUUCGCGUUUGCGAUGAACAUGUCACUUCAGCGAAUCCGUCUUCGGAUCACUUAUCCCCCGGUCGGAGCAAAGUUCAGCAUGGACUCGAUGAAACUCAUGCCGGACACUGACGACGAAGACGUCCAUGAAGCAACAGUGACAUUCAUUGUCAAUCCUGGCCUUACCAAGUGGGGUGACAUGCAUGGCAAGAACUUCGACCAUCGUUACGAUAUCGUUCCUGCUCUCGUCCAGAUCGCAGUUCCUCCCAAGCAUGAGGUUGCUGAGGCUAAACCAGGACCGCCAGACUGGGCAGACAUCGUGAGGAUGGAUCACAAAGAAGCCUCACUCUCCAAGGGGGAAUGUGGCAAGAAAGAAGAAAGCCAGCGCUAG